CUUCUCUGGGUUGAGGAAGCAGGAAAAGGUGGCAGUGAGAGGCUUUGGGCAGACGUGCUGGGCAAUGGUGGCCGGAGCUCCUGUUAGGAUGGGCUUUCUCUGGGGCCUGGCUCUGCCCCUUUUCUUCUGCGAGGCUGGGGCCCCCAGGAGCUCUGCAGGCCCUAGCACCAGCAGACCAGGCCCUUUGGUGACAACAAACCACAUAGAAGUGACUACCAUGACUCCGGGGAUCAAGACAAGUUCACAGGGAGCCUUCCAGACGACUGACCUUGUUGAGACCUCUGUGCAAAGCCACAUCCCUUUGGAAACUCAAACCCUGAGCACCCAGACCUUUGAUAGGACCUUAAUCCUGGCCAGCACCAUUUCAGAUGCAGAGAUCAGGGAAACCAAGACCAUUUUUCCUGCAACAGAGACCAGGGCCUUCACAAAAAUGAUACCUUCCAAAUUCAUGGUUGUGAUCACCACUCCUAUGGAGGCAUCAGCCACAAGUGGCAGCCCCACAGGAACUGGAAUGACCACAGUUGAGACGGUUAUAGGCACUGAUCUCGUGGAAUCUGUCUUUGACACCCUUUGUACUGAUGACAGCUCAGAAGAGGCAAAGAGGAUCGUAAUUGACAUCUUGACAUUGGCUCACACCUCUGCAGAAGUCGAGGCCCUGACCUUGGAGAGCAGUGCCUUCUCUGACAGCUCAGUUACGGCCAUUGCCACCUCACAGGCCCUGGCAUCUGACACCACUGUUCCGGCUAAAGCCUUGCUUGCCUACACCAUCACCAACACUGAGGUUACCAAUUGCAGCGUUGUAGAAAUAGAAACAACUGCCACCACUCCUGGGACCUUGGACACAGAUCAUGAUCCCACAGGAGGAAAGGCCCUGUCAGCCUCUGAGGUGUCAGCUUUGCUUGAUUCCACUGAAUCAGAAUCAGACUUCACCAAGACCAUGACAUCUGCUGAGACCGUGUCAGGAGCCAGAGGCACAGAACCAGUCAUGCCUGAUACCACAGUUGAGACCCCGCUACCUGUUAAUAGCACCAUAGAAGGAGAAAGAGCAGCAGCCAAGACCACCACCCCCAGCACAACUUUGGUGACACUCAGCACGAACCCCUUGGAAGAAACUUCAGCCUUCUCUAUUGAGACAAGUCACACGGAGGUCUCAGUUACAAUCUCCACAGGGACUGGGUCAACAGUGGGCAAAGUGGCUCCCCCUGCUGGACUCUCAGAUAGGGCCUACAGCCACACCCAAGCAACCACUAGCAAGAACUCCACCCCCUCAGAGACUUCAACCACAGACAGCACAACCAAUGGGUCCAUCCCCAUCAACAGAAACCCCUUUCCUUCUGUGCAUCCGACUGUGGCCAACAGCAGCCCAGAGGCAAAUAUCACCUUAGUCAAGACCACAGCCUUAGCAAAGACCUUGAAGACAGCCAGCACGACUGAAUGGAAGCCCCCAACAUCCAUGCCCACCACUGCUCAGACAAGGUGGACCACAGAAGUUACUGCAGGUGGGGAUGGAGGCUUUUUCCUUCUGCGGCUGAGUGUGGCCUCUCCAGAAGACCUCACUGACCCUAGAGUGGCAGAGAGGCUGAUGCAGCAGCUCCUCCAUGAACUGCAUACUCACAUGCCUCCCAUCCAAGUGUCUCUGCUGCGUGUCAAGAAGGACUAAGGAACAUCAGCUGUGGCCAGGCAUGGUUGUGUGCCAAAGGGGGAAGUGCUGCUGGUGGUCUGGGCCCCCCAUAGACUAGAGCCAAGUUACUGUGCUGAGAUAUACCCGGGAGCUUCCCAGGAGGUCAGCUGGCCUAAGCCCUUUUCCCAGACCUGGCAGCAGGACCCUGACUCACAUAUGCCUGAGUGUGUGGGGGUCUGGGUGGGGGGUGUUCCAAAGAUGUUCUUGGACUUCCUUUGGCACAUGUGUUGUGUUUCAGUAAAGAGUGACUUGAUCACCCAUCUGUCACCUGCUUUGUGCUUCCAUUGGACAUUAAUAUUAUAUUCAGUGUGGCCCAGAGAUUAUCUAUUUUAUCAGUAUGGGGUAUGUGUGGGUUUGUUUGUUUGUUUUGAUAUUUAUAUGGUACAGGGAUUUAGGGCAUCUUCCCUUUACCUCCCUCCUUCAUUCUCCCCUGGUUCUUGGUUUGGACCUUGAUUAUAACACUUGCUGAGGUUGGCCCUGGAGCCUUUUGAACUUUGAGCUCCUUUGGAGCAGGAACCAUAUUUAUCUUAGUAUCCCCUGAACCUAGCAGAGUGCCUGGCCUGUAGUAGGAUGACAGAGAAUGUUUGUUGAAUUGACCUGAAUUUCAAAUUCUGGACACAAACAGAUCACAAGAAAGUCUGUAAUACUCAAGUAUUCCUUCCUCUAGCUCAUAAGUCAAGUUAUUAUUAUUAAAAAAAAUAAAUGUGGCUAAUCUUUAUUCUAUUGUAAAAAAACUUGCUUAUGAUUUUCAAAUUUUGAAAAUUUCAAAAGGGCGGGGCGCCUGGGUGGCUUGGUCGGUUGAGCGUCCGACUUCGGCUCAGGUCAUGAUCUCACGGCCCAUGAGUUCGAGCCCCUCGUCGGGCUCUGUGCUGACAUCUCAGAGCCUGCAGCCUGUUUCAGAUUCUGUGUCUCCCUCUCUCUCUUCCCCUCCUCUGUUCAUGCUGUCUCUCUCUCUGUCUCAAAAAUAAACGAAAAAAAAAUUAAAAAAAAAUUAAAAAGGGCUAAGAAAAAAAGACAGAAAUGGAAAGAGGAGUAGAAGAGAAAGAAAAAAAUUUCUAAAAUCCCACCUCUUAAAUACAACUAUCGUUAA